UGGUAGUUUUACACCGUGUAAGCCCUCACAUAGCAACAAAUCAACAGCUUGAAAAUGGCGGACGAUCCAAACAGCAGCUUCGAGGGUGGAAGUGAAGAUGAAACGAAGGAACAUACUAACAAGUCUCCUGGUAGUGGUUUAAAAUUGAAAGUGUCAUCCAUGAUAAGUGCAAAACCAUCACACGUAGCAUCUACUGAGGCACAUAAUAUCAAGUCUGGUCAUGUACUGUCUUUUUCAUCUGUGGUUGACAUGAAAAGGGCAACUAUUGAGUUGACCAAACGAACUAAGUCUAAGAUUAUGAAUCGUGAGGAUUAUAGUUAUGUUAGUCCUCAGCCCCUGCGCUGGGGGUCAGACACAGCACUUAAUGUAGAUAAAGAUGACGUUGUUAAGUGUUCUUCUGACCAAGACCUGGAAGGUACAGUGGCUGCUGCAGCUGACGUUGAUCAUGACCCUCCAAUUCAUAAACUAACCAUAAAGAAAACCGCAUCCAUCAUGAAUGUUAGUAAGAUGAAUGUGUUUGAGGACAUGUCACCUAGGGAGAGGCUAUAUGCAACACUUGUGGAUUUUGAUAGCAAAGACGUAGAUUCUGGAACAGUCGGCACUAAUAACAUGGGCAGUGGGAGUCAGUUUAGUGGCGGCCAUGGUGGAGGUAGUGGAGGUGGUGGCGGAGAUGAUGACGAUGAUGAUGGUGGGGAUGAUGACUUUGAUGAUGGUGAUGAUGAUGACGCCAACAGAGAAGGGGAAGUGCAAACGUUUGGGGAAGAUGAUAACCAUGCAACAGAUGAAAGUGAUAAUGAAACCGACUUGGUUGUCUUGGAUCCUGAUCAUCCUUUGAUGAAAAGAUUCCAAGCAGCAUUGAAAGCACAUUUGACCAAGCAAGAUGACAAAAUGACACUGGAAUAUAGAGAUUUGAGUGAAACUUUGAAGAUGAAGAAGAAAGAAAGAGAAGACAUUGGUGUAGAAUUAUAUGGAGUCCAACAAGAACUUGCCAGAUAUCAGCUGAUGCUUGAAGAAAAACACGACCACGUGGCCCAGAUCAAGCAGAAUCGGCAGAAACAAGAACAGGAUCUGACAGACGUGCAGUCUAUGUACAAGCAGCUACAGAACAAUGUCAACAAGGAGAGGAAAAAAGGCUCUGAGCUGCAGAGUGAGGUUGAAAAUUUGGCACUCAGACUCUAUUACCUGGCCAGUGCAAAAGAUAAUGUCAGAUCAGACAUCUCUGUCAUGCGACGUGCAGCAGAAAAAGUUGAAGCCGAGGUGGCUAAAGCAGAACAGGAGAAACAAAGACAGGAUUUGUACGUGGAUCGCCUGGUUGAAGGUGUGGACAGGCUCAAGGAAGAGAUAGCUAUGUACGAGGCACAGAUCAAUGCUCAGUCAGAAGAAACAAAAGCAGCAAAAGAAAGUCUUCUCGAGGCAUACAUGGAAAUAGAGGCUAUAAAUUUAGAGAAGAAAGAUCUGUAUCAGAAGUGGAACAGCUCACUGAUUGGGAUGAGGAGAAGAGAUGAGGCUCAUUCAGCAAUGAUGGAUGCUCUAGGCCAACAAGAGCAGUACAUCCUAACACUAGCUACAGAAAUUGAGGGCUACAAGAAAAGUAUUCAGAAGGAGCAGGAGCAGAAUGAGAAACUGACACACAUCCUCAAUAAGACAGAGCGAGAGAUUGAGGGAGCAAAGAAGCACAGAGCACAGGUUCAAGCCAAGCAAGAUGCCCUAAUGUCUGAGUACACAACAUACACUCGCAUGCUACAGGAAACUGAACAGGCUCUUGGUCGAGCUAUGGCUGACAAAGCCCUAAGAUGUGCUGAAGUUGCAACACUGAGGAAACAGAUUGAGCAAGAGCACCUAGCCAAGGCCAAACUUGAAGAUGAAAUUCUAGAACGCAUGCGAGCCCAACUGACCUUAGACAAAGCAACUUACUACAGCAAAAACCUCAUCAAGAAAACACGUGAUGCCACCAAAAGAUUGGAAACAGAGAUAGCCGAUGUGGAGAACUCAAUCGCACAAGCAACUCUGGAAGCCGUUACCAUUAAAAGUCGCUCGGAGCGCCUGAAGAAAGUGUUGGAUGGACUAGAGAAACAAAUCAGUGAGCAGAACGCCAUCAUCAACAAGAGCGAGCAGGAGAUUGUCAAGAGGAACGCCGUGAUUGAGCGCAAGCAGAAUCAAGUGGACAGCAUGAACAAGAAACUCACUCAGAUGAUCGCAGCUGCUGGCGGAGUGGAGCUGGGUCCUCUAGAGAUCCAGGUGAACUCGCUGGUCAAAUCCAUAGAGGCCAGGAACCAGGAAGUCCUUGACCUUCAGCAACUGUGGCUGCGCCAGCAGACGGAGCUGGUCAGGCUGUGCCAGACCAAGGACAAGGAGAUGCAGGAGCUGGUGGCGUCCAGGAGGGAACUGACCAUCCUGUCACAGAAGAAGAUUAGGACAGAGAACGACAUCGAGCAGCAGCACCGUGAGAUGUGCGAGAUUGAGCGCAGCGUGCGCAACAUGAGGAAUGACAUCAUUAAAUUAAAUGGCUUGCUUCACAAGGAGAAAUGUAUUGGAGAAGAGCUAGAGCAGGGAAACAUUUUGAUGGAAAAUGCUUUUAUUGCUAACCUGCAGACAUCAGAACUUGAGUCCAUUCAACUGCAAGCUAAACUGGAUGACAUCAAAGAUGAAAAGGAAAGACUCCUCAACAGUCUCGUACAAGCAGAACGUCAGAUUAUGCUGUGGGAGAAGAAGACCCAGCUUGCUAGAGAGACUCGCGCAGCUGUUGAUUCAGAAGUAGGUCAAGGUGAGAUGAAGGCCAUGAGGUCAGAGAUCCACAGGAUGCAGGUCAGGUUUGGUCAGCUGAUGAAACAGCAGGAGAAGAUGAUACAAGACAUGGAGAAGUCUGUCUCAAGACGUGAUACAAUAGUAACUCAGGGUGAUGCACUGUCCAAACAGAAGAAAAAAGUUGUGACCAAAGGCAAUUUUGAAAGACAAAUGAUGGAAAUGAAGAAGAAAAUCAAACAAACCAUUCAGGAGGCCAAUGACUGUGACAAUGAAAUCAAAGAGUUGAGAGACCAUCAGCUACUGAUCAGCCAGCAGCUGGAGGAGAAACAGGUCAACUGCCAGCAGCUACAGAGUGCCUCAGACACGCUGGAUGGGGAUGUUGAGAGAACAAUGGAGAUCAAACACAGGAACAUGAAUGAACUGUUGGCCAGACAACAGAAAAUGAAAUACUACCAGCAGGUUAAGGAUGGCAAGUACACCAUGAUGUGCCGCUCCUCUUCAGCCCUGGAGCUGGAGGCCAGGAAACAGGAGGAGAGAAUCCAGGCCUUGUCUGCCAUUGUGGAUAAGCUCAACUCGGAGUUCCCCCAUGCUCAGCCCGCCCUGAGAAAAGCCUCAGUAGCUCUGGCAUCUCGACAGUCCCCCGACGACGCUUAAAGCAAUAUCGUGUCAUGUGAUGUCACUUAAACUAGGACUAUGCUUAAAUGUCACAUACACCACCACUAUGUUUAAAGCAUGAUUAUGUUAUGUAAUCUCACAUAAACUACCACAUUGCUUAAAGCAUGCUUGUGUCUUGUAAUAUCACAUACACCACCACUAUGCUUGUGUUAUGUAAUGAGUCAUAAACUACCACUAUGCUUAAAGCAUGCUUGUGUCUUGUGAUGUCACAUACACCACCACUAUGCUUGUGUUAUGUAAUGUCACAUAAACUACCACUAUGCUUAAAGCAUGCUUGCAUUAUGUCAUAUCACAUAAACCAGGACUAUGCAUGCUUGUAAUAUCACAUAGAUUCUGUGAGAUAACUAUUCAUAUAUUAUAUAUUAUGACUUUUUAUGCACAUAUUUGGAUAAAUUCAUUACACUAUGUUCUGUGAUAAUGUCAUUAAUUUAUGUUGUAUGAUAAAAAUCAUGAAAGUAUGCUGUGUUAAACAAUAAAAUAUAUUGCAAAGUCAUGGAUGGAUGAUAAAACUCAUUCUAAUAUACUGUGUGAUAAAGUCAUUCAGUUAUGAUGUUAUGGUUGUAUUCAACUCUCAUAAAAACUUGAUCAAAUUGCUGUAAGGGGCACUAUCACUAUCAGUUCCUUGACUAGGGCACACACAUAGUACUUGUCACAUUUUUCCUCUGUUGUACUUGUAUUCAUAAAAAGAUUGCUAAUUAAAGAUUCAUUAAUUUUA